UCUCUUUCUCUUUCUAUCUGUUUCUCUCGUAACCUUUGCAUUAAAUCCCUCUUGGCCUCUUGGUUUGGUGGCCUCUUAGCUCCUCCUCUUGCGAAUUGCAUAUAAACAAACUCGGAGAGAAAGCAAAGGAGGUGGGAUCGGAUGAGAGAGAGGAGAAAGAGAGAGAAUUAAAACAAAAGGCAAUACAGAUCAAAAUUUGAAUUAUUACGAAGAAAAAAGAAAAGAAAAUUAUGGAGGGGACAAUAAAACGUUGUAGAUGUUGGUUUAAUGGGAAUUCUCUCUUUCUCCACCCUCUGAUCAUCAGUUUCUUAAUCAUAUUCAUGUGUAUGGCUAAUAUUGGCAACGUGGACGCAGCUUUCAGUAACCUCACCACCAUCCCCUUCAACCAAGGAUACAGCCCUCUCUUCGGUGACGGCAAUCUUGUCCGCUCCCCCGACGGGAAAGGUGUUCGUCUUCUCCUCGACCGCUUUACAGGGUCUGGCUUCAUCUCCUCUAACCUCUACAACCAUGGCUUCUUUAGCGCCAACAUUAAGUUGCCAUCAGAUUACACUGCCGGUAUCUGUGUUGCCUUCUACACCUCAAACGCGGACGUAUUUGAGAAGAGCCACGACGAGUUAGACAUAGAAUUCUUAGGGAACACAGAAGGGAAGCCAUGGAGAUUCCAAACCAACGUCUACGGAAAUGGCAGCACCAACCGCGGCCGGCCGCGGCGGAAAGAGCGUUACCGACUGUGGUUCGACCCUACCAGGGACUUCCACCGAUACAGCAUUCUUUGGACCCCUCAAAUCACCAUAUUUUAUGUGGAUGACGUUCCAAUUAGAGAGGUGGUGAGAAGGGAAGAAAUGGGGGGUGACUACCCAUCAAAGCCAAUGUCGUUGUAUACGACUAUAUGGGAUGCUAGCAAUUGGGCCACAUCAGGAGGGAAAUACAAGGUGAAUUACAAAUAUGCCCCUUUCGUCGCCGAAUUCAAAGACUUAGUCCUGGAUGGCUGCCCUGCCGACCCCAUCCAGCAAGUCCCAGCCGCUGAAGCAUGCGCCGAGAAAUACGCCCUCCUUGCCACCCAGGACUACUCCGUCAUCACACCUCAGCGGCGGGCCGCGGUGCGCAGGUUCAGGCAGCGGUACAUGUACUACUCUUAUUGCUAUGAUUCGUUGCGGUAUCCCGUGCCACCGCCCGAGUGCGUUACCAUUGCGGCCGAGAGGGCGCGCUUUAAGGACACCGGCAGGUUGAAGUUUGGCGGCAGCCACAAGCGGCAGUCUAAGCGGAGAACCCGCAAUCGCAAUCGGGUCCUCCCUGAUUCGGACGUUACGCCCUAUUAACCUUUCGGUCAUUGCCAUUAUAUUUUAUUCAUACAACUCAUGCAUGCAUGUAAAUUCAAGCCUAGCUUAUACCAUACUAUACAAUACUGUAACUAUAUAGGUUGGUGGGGCGUCAUUCCCUUUUUCUCUCUCCAAAUUAAGUUCAAACCUUAAUUUGUUGUCGAAAAUUAGUAUAAAAGUUAGCAUCAUGAGUUAUAUAUGAGCAACCACUUUUGGUGGGGUCUUUUUUGGUUA